GGGGCUUGGGACUGACGCUCCGCCCUCGUGACUCCCCGCAAAGUGCUAAGGACCGGCGGGGACCGGAAGUGGCUGCUGCUGUCAGUGGCCUCUGAGGUUGUCGGGAGCUGGGAAGAAUUUGAGGGACUGUUGCAGUCAUUCCCACGCUUGCUCGGGCGCUCCGGCGAUGGACUUAGGAGGAGCUCUGCCAUGGAGGCAGCUGCUACUGGUACUCCUGCCGGGGCUCUGUCUGGGCCUGGACCUGAGCCAGAGCCACUUUCCCGGCGGCCUGGACUCCGGGGCGCCGGCACUGGACAUCCCCCGCCGCCCGGUCCUGCUAUCAGAGCAGUCGCUGCUGGAGGCGCAGGACUUGUCUCUGUCACUGUUGCAAGGCCAGGGGCUCGGCCCGCUCUCUCUGCCCCCAGACCUGCCGGAGCUGGAGCCCGAGUGCCGGGAGUUGCUACUUGACUUCGCCAACAGCAGCGCGGAGAUGACGGAAUGCCUAGUGCGCAGCGCCCGGCCUGUGCGCCUGUGCCAGAACUGCUAUCCGCUCUUCCAACAGGUCACCAUCAAGAUGGACAACAUCAGUCGAGCGGUCGGGAAUACUUCAGAGAGCCAUAAUUGUGCCAAAAAUCUCUUGAUGUCAGACAGGAUGCAAAUUGUAGUGAUUCUCUCUGAGUUUUUUAAUACUACAUGGCAGGAAGCAAACUGUGCAAAUUGUUUAACGAAUAACAGUGAAGAGCUAUCAAACAGCACAAUUCGGUUCCUUGAUUUAUUUAAUCAGACUUUGACUUGCUUUAAGCAUAACCUUCAGGGAGAUUUGACCAGUUUUCUUCAGCAAAGAAAUUACACAGAAGUGUGUAAAAACUGCCAGGAAAUAUACAAAACCCUGAGUACAAGGUAUAGUGAGAUGCAAAAAAUUAAUGAACUCAAGAAUAAGGCUGAACCUGGAACACAUCUAUGCAUUGAUGUGGAAGAUGCAAUGAACAUUACUCGAAAACUUUGGAGUCGAACUUUCAACUGUUCAGUUCCCUGCAGUGAUACAGUUCCUGUAAUUGCUGUUUCAGUAUUCAUCCUCUUUUUACCAGUAGUUUUCUAUCUGAGUAGUUUUCUUCACUCAGAACAAAAGAAAAGAAAACUCAUUUUGCCUAAACGUCUUAAAUCCAGUACCAGCUUUGUAAGCAUUCAAGAAAAUUCAAACUAAAGCCAAAAAAAAGGUGAACUGAAAUUAUAGUCCAUGAAUAAAUGGUAAAGGAAGCAACGUACGUGGAGAGAAGAUAACAAGCUGAUCUACAUUUUAACCAACAGUUCUAUUAGUGAUUGUUAAAUGACUUAGAUUAAAAUCUUAAUAUAGGUCAGAUUCUUGACUGUGGGGCUAUGUGGGGAUUUUAAGCUCAUUUUAAAAUGAGACUAAAAUCUUCUCAUAGUUUUUUUGUACUUAUUUUGGUGCCCCUUUUUGGGUUAAGAUUUUUGUAAUUGUACUUUGUAGCACAUUAUCUAUCUACAGUGUUUUUUUGUAUUGUAAUAAAUAAAAUGUAAGUGUAGAUUUGUUUAAAGGCAUAUGGAUCCCAUUUGACACUUCUUUUUAACCCUUUAUAGGGCAAAUAUUGCCGAUAGAAAACAAGCAAUUUUGAAAAUUAGAUAUUUAUUUGUAGUUAGCAAAUUCUUUAUUUGUUGAUCUUCAGGAUAUGCACCAGAGAUGUAGAGAAGGAAAUAUACUCCCUUUUAAUGUAAGGGAUAAGAAUUCCUUCAGUUAAACACCAUUAAGCACAUCACUGAAAAGAAUGAGUGUGCCACCCAGUUCACAUUUGCUAUAAUCAAAAGGUUUAAUUAUACUCCUCUACAGUACUGUUCAGUAUUUACUGACAUGUCUUGGAUGUCUGCAUUUAAUAUUUAAGUAAAACUUCUACUUUAAAGUAAUUUUUGAAACUACGUAACUUUAAAUUUUUUCAAUAAUUUAUAAUAGGGGAUAAUGCACAUGAGUAUGUAAAUCUAGGCAGAUUUCUAGUAAUUGCCUUGAUUUUACAUGCCUUUAAAAACAGUAUUUAACAUUAUGUUUUUGUCUUUAUUUUAGAACAAAUUGAUAUUGCUCAACUACUGUAAGUUAAGUUUUAAUAAUUCAGGGUAAAAAUGUUUUUUCUUUUUUUUUUUCAAAAAAAGGAGCUACAUUUUUUAAAUUGAAUUUUACUGCUUGGCAUCUUAUUGCUUAUUUCAUUAAAGCAAAUGUAAGCAUUCUAAAAAUGUAGCUUUACAUUUAAUUUUUAUAUCAUGCUACUAGAUGUCAAGGGGUUUUGGAGUGGGGAGGAAGUAAAAUAAGGGAAAUCCAAUUAGGUAACCAAUAUAAGUAACUCAGAAUAUUUAAUUUACUCUGAUAUUAUUAAAACUACUAAUUGCUUGUUGGCAUAAACCUAAAUGACUCAAAUAAGCAGUGUAUUAAUAUGAUGCUUAACUUUUCAUAAUUCUUGUGAAAUGCAUAUGAUGUGUUUGAAAUGAAGUUAGCUUUCUUUUAAAGGCUAAACUUAUUUUUUUAUGUUCAGAAUUUAAGAAAAACUAGUCUAGUGUCAGUAUUUGUCAGCUAUUCUCACAUUUUUAGAGUUGAGGAUCUUUAUUAAUGCUUUUUUUUCAUUUUGCUGUUGUUUGACUUAAGAGAAAAUGGAAUUAAUUGUUCUUUAUAGAAAUUCAGUUCUGAUAAAAUCGGAAACUUCUUUUCCACGUCUAAGUUAUAUGUAUGGUUUAUGAGAGAAAGUUAUUUUUUGGCUGUUUAAUGGAAAAAAAAGUCUUCAUUCUCUCCUGAGCUCCAUUCUUAAACUUUCUGGAUUUGUUAAGCUGCCACCUUCCAUGCUUUUCCUAAUAGCAUUAUCUUGAUUUGAGGAAUCAUAUGAUUGAGUCUGUUGAAAGCAAUCUUUUAUUAAUGCUAAUAAAACCUGUUUACGUAUCCAAAGUUAAAGAAUGACAGCUUUGAUACCCUAAGUAGUGGCUUCAUGACUAAGCAGUCAUGAAAGUCACUACUUUUGGAUAUGGUAAAUAAGCACUUUAAAGAUGAAUGGGCAGUCUUCAUUUUUUUGUCUGAUUGACUCAUGUGACUUUAGAAAUGGUAGUCUCAACAAACCAGAAAUAAUUCUGUUUAAAUAUUUAUUUAUUGAAUAAUUAUUGCUUAGUUCUAAAUUCUGGGAAGCAUAACAUACAAAUAUGCUCCUAAAGUAUAUUAAGUUUUGUUGACAUGAGAGGUUUUAAAAUAAAUUACCUAAAGGAAAUUUCAAUAUUACAUUUGAUUUUUAAAAAAUAUCUCUGUUUCCAGGUUCUAAUUUUGUAUUACACUUUACUGAGUUUUCAGAGCCUUCUUUUGAAUAUUAGGUAUUUGUAUUUCAAUUUCAAGUAAAAGGUAUUUAAAUUUUGGAGUAGCUUAUUUUAAUUUAAAAAUAAAAAUUAUAUCUAAAAUUGUGAAAUAUUAUACAGUCAAUAUGUAAUACCACUGUAGUUGAAUCUGAUCAUUUGUACUCUCUGUUGGUUAAUGUUAUUUCUAGUAGGACCAAUAUAUUUGUAAUAGCAUAACAGUUUACAUUUCCCACCAUUCUUCUUUCUUAAAACUGUGUGAAAGAAAUUUGGGUUUGUAAUCAGAAGCUCUGGGUUCAAAUUUUGGCUUUUCCAGAUACCAAAUCUGCCUGUAAGACCUUAGACAAGUCACUUAAUUUCUCUGGGGCUUCAAUUUUCUUAUCUAUAAACUAUGAGAGAGUUUGACUAGAUCAUCUAUGAGGUCCCAUCAAAUUCUAUGACCCUGUAAUCCAUUUUCCUGGAAAAUAAUAUUAAAAGUGGUAGUUCUGUUCCCAACCAAGGAUCACACAUGAUGAAAAGCAAAGAUACAAUGAAUACAAUUGUCUACAACAACAGAGUAAAAUUAUAUUCUAUGCCAUAGAAUUUAGGAAUUAGAAUACAUUUUAGAAAUCAAUUGAUCUAACAACUUCAUUUUGAAGAUGAAAAUAUUAGGGUCAGAGAAGUAGAGAGACUUGCCCAAGACUACAUAAUCCAUGGCUAUUUCCUAAACCACACUGCCAGUCAUAUCAAUAUUUUAAAAACAGAUAUACAAUGAUUAAUCAAGGAACCUCAAUAUUACAGUGUAUUGUGGGUACAUCAUAUUAGAAAAGACUAUUAUGCUGUAACAUAAAUAUGAUUUAUCUAUCUGAAACCAGUAUGUUGGCUUUAAUAAAUGUUUAACUAAU